GGCACCGGUCGUGCAACACACUUCUGCUCACGACAUCCCAUCAGGCUACCGACGUCUUCAUCCGACAACUCCUCAAGUACUAUCGUCGCCAUGACAGCAGCAGCACCGACCCCAUCGACCAAGUUGGCGAAUGCUCAGAAGCGCGUUCUCCUCAUCGACAAUUAUGACUCGUUCACAUACAACUUGUACCAGUAUUUGUGUGAGUUGGGUGCGUCGGUGACGGUGAUUCGCAACGAUCACAAGACGGCCAAGGAGCUCUUGGCCGAGUACGAGGCGACCAAGGAGUUCGACCGCAUUUUAAUCUCGCCUGGACCAGGGUUCCCCAGAGAUGCCGGCAUCUCGUGCGACAUCAUCCGCACGUUCCAAGGCGUGGUGCCCAUCGCUGGCGUGUGCCUUGGGCUGCAGUGCAUGUUUGAAGUGUACGGUGGCACGGUCGGUCACGCCGGGGAAAUCAUUCACGGCAAGCAGUCGGAGAUGGAGAACGACGGCCGCGGGCUCUUCAAGAACGUGCCAUCGCCAUUCAAAGCCAUUCGAUACCAUUCCUUGGUUGGUCUGCCAGAGACCCUCCCAGCAGACCUCGAAGUGACGUCGACGCUGGCGGGCAAGUCGAUGAUCAUGGGCGUUCGACACAAGAAGUACAAGGUCGAAGGCGUCCAAUUCCACCCCGAGAGCAUCCUCACUCCCGACGGAAUGAUCAUGAUCCAAAACUUUCUUGACAUGUGAACGAUGCACAUUGUAAUACACUCUUUGCUACACGUUCA